AAGGUCAGUAAAAGCCGCCAAAUUUGAAAUCAGACAACAGCAUUUGAAUGCUCUACACGUUAAAUAGGCCCCCCCGGAAGACUAAAAUCAAUACUUGGAAAUUGAAAAGACAAAGAAGAUGUAUGCCCCAAAGGCCGAGCAGGAGCUUCAGGCGUCCAGUACUCCCCUGUAUCCGGCGCCUCCGCAGCAUAUAGCAACAGGGUAUCCACCGCCAUUCCAAAAUCCCCCACAAUAUGUGCACCCACCGCCGCCUCAUUCUUACCCUCAACAGCACGGCCCUCUUCGUCCCACAGAGUGGUCCUCUGGCCUUUGCGGCUGCUCCGAAGAUACUUCCAACUGUUGCCUCACGUGCUGGUGCCCCUGCAUCACUUUUGGGCAAAUAGCAGAGAUUGUGGAUGAGGGUUCUCCACCAUGCGCUUUGAGCGGAGGGAUCUACGCUGCACUGUGCUUUUUUACGGGGUGUGGGUGCUGCUAUUCGUGCUUAUACCGAAACAAGAUGCGGGCCAAAUAUAACUUGUCGGAGAGCCCCUGCACAGAUUGUCUGGUCCAUUGUUUUUGCGAUUCAUGCGCACUGUGCCAGGAAUAUAGAGAACUCAAACACAGGGGAUAUCAUCCUGCUCUUGGUUGGAGAGGUCAACAGCAGGAGAUGGGUACCGCCAUGGCAGCUCCUGGGUAUCCAACCAUGGCAAGAUGAUCCUCCGCUCAUGCUAUUUCUGAUUCUUCAGGGGAUUUGCGAAUUUCAAUGGCUCUUUUGAAUAAUUAUAUCUGGGUUGGAUAUUAAUGCUGAGAUUUUAGAAAGCUGAUUCUUGUUUACUUCCCAGUUCCUAGUGUCCUCCUCAAAAAUUUUAAUAUUUGUAUUAUCAAUAAGAACUGGUAUUAUUUCAUUGGAAGCAUGCUACUAUUUUGAUUUUCA